UGCGGUGAGGGGGGGGCCGCGAAGAAGUGGGUGGAAAGGGAAGCACACGCGAGGAGGAAGAAUGGGGCGUGGGACGGAGAAGAUGCUGAAGGCGGCGAAGCAGUUCGCGGAUACGCAGUACAAGAAGCUAACGGCUCGCUACGGCCAGCAGAUGAUCGACCUCCUCGAGCUCCCCAUCCGCCUCGUCCUCUCGCCCUUCACCAUCGCCAUCGACGUUGCGGGCUCCGCCCCUCGCGGCUUUGGCCUGCCUGAGCUCGCCUCCAAGAUCUCCUUCUCCGCCAUCUUUUUGGUCGCCACACUGGGGACGUACGACAUUGCCUUGGAAUUGGGGAAGAAGGUGGUCUGCCAGCGAAAUUGCUCUACUUGCAAUGGCUGGCAAGCUUUGAGAUGUACUAUGUGCAAGGGUACAGGCAAAGUGCACUAUCAGGUGAAGAAUUAUAACCCCAGAAGUGGCGAGAGGGCAACAGCUGAUUGUGUUGCAGAGGCCAUCUUUGAGAACCGUGCUGAGUUGGUGCAUCUUCCUGCUGCCAUUAAUCUUUCUGUACCGCUUCCCUCUAAAGAUUGUCCAACCUGUGAUGGGACAGGUGUAAUGGGCUGCCCAGAGUGCAAACACAAGUUGCAAGUUAGGAUCUCAGCAGAUGAGAUUAUGGAACCUCCAUGGAAAGCAUAUAAUGUUAUGAGGAAGAUGGACUACCCAUAUGAGAACAUUGUUCAUAGCAUGAGGGACCCAAAGAUUGCUGCCUUUUGGUUGAUCACCAUGCCUCAGAUUAUGGGAGGAUUCAACUUUGAUGAGGAUGUUAAGCAGAAAAUUUGGUGGUCUUACGAGGAAUCUAUGCGGUACGAUCAACUCCGGGACCUGGUUGCCGAGCGAAAACCUGGUUGGGAGCACCUGCAGAAUGCCCUUAUCUCGGUGGAUCCUGUCCGUGCAAGGGAUGAUCCGGUAAUUGUUAAAAAUAUUCCUUAUUACAAAGCAAAGAAAGCACUAGAGGCAGAAGUAUUGAAUCUUGAUGUCCCACCUAGACCUCAGAAUUGGGGGGAGAUAGAUCUACCACUUAAGGCAUCUUCAUGGACUGAGGAGGAGCUUAAAGAUCCAGCGAAAGUACUAGAGAUGACGUCUCUACUUACUGCCCAAAGAGAAAUAGCAGACAACAUAUUGGAUGCACAAUGGGAAGCAAAAUGGCGCCAAGAUAAGCUAAAUGAUCUAUUGAAAGAAAAGUUACAACCAUAUUUAAGGAGUGUCGACAAAGCUGGUCUUCCCCAGUCUAUAGUCACACGAUCACAUGACCAAGGAAACAAGAAGACCACUCGAAGAAGAUGGUUUUUCUUUUGAUGGAAGCGGUUAAGUGGAAAUUGGAGCUGUUGUAUUUUUUGCUGUUCUGACCUUGAGUUCCAUCUGUAAGAGCUUGGUAAGUUGUAGCUACUGAAUUCGUAGUCGAAAUCAGCUGUCGGUGUUAGGCAACGUUGACGACCACUCACAACAGAGCUGUAAGUUGUUGAUUUUGGAGUCCUAUGUCUCGCAACUUGAUUUUGUGUUCUUCUCUUUUGUUCCAUAUGAAUUUUCCCUCGAUCGAAUUAUAAUCUUGUUGUAAACAAGUGUGCGUCAUUAGAUUUAUCUUGUACCCUGCAACUACGGUAACAUUAUGAUAUCAAGCAUAACGUUACCUUU